CAUUCUUGUUGUUAUUGGUGGUGGUUUUGGAUCAGGUUGAGAUUCAUUAGGGUUUCUGGAUCUUCGUUUUAGCCAUGUCGAUGCUUGAUUCUUUCUUCAACAAGGGAUUUAAGGGAGCUAAAUGUAAAACCCUUCUGAAGCUCACUAUUCCGCGCAUAAAAUUGUUGCGAAAUAGAAGAGGGAUUCAGAUAAAACAGAUGCGCAAGGAUAUCGCUAAGCUCCUUGAGAAUGGGCAGGAAGCCACGGCUCGUAUACGGGUGGAACACAUUAUUCGAGAAGAGAAUAUGAUGGCUGCACAGGAGAUUGUUGAGCUUUUUUGUGAACUUAUCACCGUCAGGCUUCCCAUUAUUGAGACACAGAGGGAGUGUCCUCUAGAUCUGAAAGAAGCAAUUUCCAGUGUCUGUUUUGCUGCACCAAGAUGUGCAGACUUGCCAGAAUUGCAGCAGGUUCAAAUGUUAUUUGCUUCCAAAUAUGGAAAGGAAUUUGUCGCAGCUGCAACAGAACUCAUGCCAGAAUGUGGGGUUAAUCGACAGCUAAUUGAACUGCUUUCUAUUCGUGCCCCUUCUGCUGAAACAAAACUGAAGUUGCUGAGGGAAAUCGCUGAGGAGCAUGAGAUAGAUUGGGAUCCAUCUGCUUCUGAAACUGAGUUCUUCAAGCCGCAUGAAGAUCUGCUGAACGGCCCAACCCAGUUUAUAAGUGGAUCUAAACUGCCUCUCCCCGAAGAGAAACAUGAUGAUUCACUGCACUCAGCCCCUGCUCAAGCAUGUGAUGAACAUUCUGAUCCUGACACUGGUUUCGAUCUAUUAGAUCUUCCUGGGGUUCCUAAAGUAUCAUUACGACCAAGUGAAGAUACUGUAUUAACCCCAGAAGUGGUCCCACCACCCUUUCCAUCUGUACCAGAUUUUGAGAUUGAUUUGCGACCAAGUGCAGAUGCAGGAUUAACCCCAGAAGUGGUUCCAGUACCCUUUCCGUCUGCACCAGAUUUAGAUAUUGAUCAUGGAAUUAAGAGAUACUCUGGAUCCAAUGAAAAUCACAUGAAGGGAUCACAUUCAGAACCUGACGAAGUUGCACGAGAACCUUUGGCUGCUUCCCCAUGUGAAGCAGCUAAUCUUGCAUCUGGUGCAAGGGGAGACAAACAAUUCCUCCCAUUCAUUGCUCCUCCAUCGUUAGCUGCUGCUUCAUUUCCUGCAAGUGGGGAUAAGCCAGUUCCCUUGUCAAGAACCAAAACUGAAGCCAAUGUGGACUUGCAGGAUGUCCUGGCUGCAGCACAUGCAGCUGCAGAUAGCGCUGAACGUGCAGCAUCAGCAGCUCGUUCAGCCGCAAGUCUUGCACAUGUUAGAAUCACCGAACUCAUGAAGAAAAGCAAUGACCAGGAGCACAGAGAAGAAGUUAUCCAGACAGGCGACGCAGAUGAUUCUGAUCGAUCUGCCAGCAUGAAUGUGCCUCAGUUUGAACAUCAGCAGUCUUUUGGUGAUGCCAAUGGCUAUUCCUCAUAUCUACAGGACCCACUUCCAGACCAUAGACCUGAAUGGGGAUCUGAGAUGGAAAAUCCCACAUCAUUUGACAUACCCAAAGACAGCUCUGAACAACCUCUUUCCAGUGGCCAAGUUCUUGAACAUGGAAGGACUCACCAGCCUCAGCGUUUACCUUCAAUGGAGGAUGAUCCAUAUUUUUCCUACCCCAACUUAUUUACUUCUCAGGAGUCGAACCAUGAAUCUGGUAGUAAUUCCCAGUCGAGGCAUGAACAUUGAGUAGGAGUGCAGGAAUGUUACCAAGUCCUUGCUCUAUGUUUUUCAGCUCCUCAAGGUGUUUGAGAGUUUACUAUAUAUCAUUAUUUAUCUUGUUCUGUAAGUAAUGCUGUUUCCAGACACUAUGCAAGUCUGGUAUUUCACAUGGUGCCUUGGUGAGUGUAGAGUGUAGCAUUGAGAUUUGUAUGUAUUUGAAAUAAAAUUCCAGUUAAAACAA